UCCAAAUUGUUCUCCGUGAUGAACGUAGGGAGAUUCUCUGAUUCUCUCCACCCAUCCACCAGCUUCUCUACACCUCCCUCUUUAGCUCCUUCUCCCUCCCUCUCUCUCUUUCUCUCCGAUACGCUCUCGCACUCGCAUGCGUCCGGCUGCACACGCGCCAGGAUCUUCCCACUCUACCUGUCCGCUCUAUACCCGGCACAGCGGACACCCACGCUACCAUCCUUCAGUCCUGAGUGAGAGAAAAGGAGGAGAAGGAAAAGCGAGAGAUACAGUGAGAGAGAGACAGAGAGGGAGGGAAGAUUGCCGCAGCUGUCCUCAUCCUACAGCGAGUGGAACUACGGCUCUCCGUCCGCUCCGCUCCUCUCCGCUCCGCUCCUCAUCCCAUCUUUAUCACCAUGAACCUGCUCUUAUCUGGUUGCUAAGGAGGUGAGAUUGAGCUCGGAGGAGGAAGUGCACACGGCGGGAAUUUGUUGCUAAGGCCCUGAGCUGCAGUCACAUCGUCGUGGAGGGGGACAAAGAGGAGAGCAUGGCCCAGGCCUCGCAGGAGCAGGGUGCGCCGGGGGCGCCGGGGGCGCCGGGGGCGCAGGGGGCGCCGGGGACGGCCGAUCCCGAGGAGGACUCGCCCAACAUGAUCGUCUACAGGAAGAUUGAGGACAUAAUCACCCGAAUCCAGGAUGAAACCGACGGCGUGCCAAUCAGAACUGUCAAGAGCUUCAUGUCAAAGAUUCCCAGCGUGGUCACAGGCUCGGACAUCGUUCAGUGGCUGAUGAAGAAUCUCUCCAUCGAGGAUCCCGCGGAGGCCUUGCACAUCGGGAGCCUGAUCGCUGCUCAGGGCUACAUCUUCCCCAUCUCAGACCAUGUGCUCAACCUGAAGGAUGACGGCACCUUCUACCGCUUUCAGGCUCCGUACUUUUGGCCGUCGAAUUGCUGGGAGCCGGAAAACACAGAUUAUGCCAUUUAUCUGUGUAAGAGGACGAUGCAGAACAAAACUCGACUGGAGCUAGCAGACUAUGAAGCUGAGAACCUGGCGAGGUUGCAGCGAGCGUUCUCCAGGAAGUGGGAGUUCAUCUUCAUGCAGGCUGAGGCUCAGGUUAAGAUUGACCGGAAGAAGGAUAAGACGGAGAGGAAGAUCCUGGACAGUCAGGAGCGAGCGUUCUGGGACGUACACAGGCCAGUGCCAGGCUGUGUCAAUACCACGGAAAUGGACAUCAGGAAGUGUCGCCGCAUGAAAAACCCACAACGAGUCAAGAAGUCAGUGUAUGGUGUGGCAGAAGACACACAGACACAGAGUCCUGUACACACACAUUUGCAGCAAAGCAGGAAGGACACUAAGGAGGACGUCGAGAAGGAGAUUUUAUUCCUGAACACUCAGCUGGACAGACACUGUAUGAAAAUGUCCAAAGUGGCAGAAACGCUGAUGAGCUACACCGAGCAGUACCUGGAGUACGACCCGUUCGUGUCUCCCCUGGAGCCCUCCAACCCCUGGAUCGGCGAUGACACCACUUUCUGGGACAUGGAGGCCAGCAAAGAACCAGGCCAGCAGCGGGUUCGGAAAUGGGGCUUUUCUUUGGAUGAGGCUCUGAAGGAUCCGGUCGGCCGUGACCAGUUCCUCAAGUUCCUGGAGUCCGAGUUCAGUUCAGAGAACCUGAGAUUCUGGUUGGCGGUGCAGGAUUUGAAGCGGCACCCCCUGCAGGAUGUUCCCGCUCGGGCUCAGGAGAUCUGGCAGGAGUUUCUGGCUGAAGGAGCCCCGAGCUCCAUAAACCUGGACUCGCACAGUUAUGAGAGAACCAGCCAGAAUCUCAAAGACCCCGGACGCUACAGCUUCGAGGACGCACAGGAUCACAUCUACAAGCUGAUGAAGAGCGACAGCUACACCCGGUUCUUACGAUCCAGCGCUUACCAGGACCUCCUGCUCGCCAGAAAGAAGCCUGAAAGUGAGCAGGGCCGGCGCACGUCUCUGGAGAAAUUCACCCGCAGCGUGGGUAAGUCUCUGACGGGGAAGCGUCUGACGGGCCUCAUGCAGUCGUCCUGACGAGCCCCGGGCCCUGAUUAACCUCGUUAAACGCAGAGGAGGAAGCAGAGGAAGCGGCCUGAUGGUGUACGUCGAUACAGCCGACACACGGACCAUCUGCUUCACCUCGGCGGCGUAGCCACAGACUCUACGGCAUGCAAUAAGUCAACGAAAACCUUACAAACGCGGACCGUCUGUAUUUAACCCGAUUCUAUCCGAACCUCCGAUACGAGACAACCACAAUAGACCGCACAUACGAAUGUCAGGUUUUGAUUCCUCUGUACUUUUUUUUUUCUUACCGGCAGUGACGGGCCGAACAAAACCCUCACUGCUUCCGUUGGCAUUUAAACGGUCUGUCGUCCAGUUCGUCCACUUUUCACGGCUUGGGGUAAUCGUGAGCGUGUAGGAAGCAGAGCUUUUCGGUCCCAAACAUUCCACGGGAGGGAAAAGACGCGAGGGCUUCUGAUGAGUCGAUACGCACGGCACAACUCGGCUUCGUUUUCGUACGUUCCAGAUAAUCUCACUCGGAGCCCCUUGUACGUUACUGCGGAUCGUUUGGAUAAGCGUUUGUGUGUACACGACGUAAAAUAGUUAAAGCUGCACUCCAGUGUUUUACUGAUUGAUUGAUUGAUUGAUUGAUUUCGAAAAAUAAUAUCUGUCUAGAACAUCUGUAGGGUAUGUGUGAUUAACGUGGGGAAGUAUUGUGGCACAUUUCCCUGCAUUGAUAGAUAGAUAGAUAGAUAGAUAGAUAGAUAGAUUGAUAGAUAGAUAGAUACAAACAAACAAACAAACAGUACAAGGUGUGCUUUUAUAGGAAAAUAAUCAACAAGGUGGAGUGAUGAAGCGGAGUUAUUGUGACUACGCCAGAGCUGAUUAUUUUCCUAAAACAGCAUGAAAGGUUUUAUUCCUCUUAUACCACACAUGAUCAGUAGUGCAUGCUGGGAAGCCCCAUGUUCCCAUGGGAACUGAAAUGAGAUGUUUCGGAGUCGGUUCGUCUACAACGUAAAACGUAUCCGUUUUAAAAUAAUCGCACGUUCACGUUCUGUGAAUUAUGUGGGAAAACUACAGACCUGGCAACACUGCCACCUCUACAGUACACCGAGCCUUAGACUUUGGAGUACACUGGUUUUUCAUCGGGUUUUUUGUUUCACUACAGGAAAUUCUCAGUUCUUACAAGUGGUAAUCACACACACGGUACAGAUACGGAGGACAGAAGGAAAUAAGUUGAGAAACACUGGAGUUGUACGUUCAGGUGCUUUCACAUUUGGUGUUUCAACUUUUCGAAUUUUUUUUGUGUGAAAAAAGCACAGUGACGUCAAGCACUUUUUUUUUUUUUUUUUUUUUUUAAACCUCCUGACCAAUCAGAUCGCACGUUAGCGGAGAGAGAAAAACAAACAUGGAGGAUGUAUCUAAAAAGAACAGCGUGGGUAAUAUCGAGGCGUUCACUGGUACGGACGACGGCACGCCGAUUCGACGUCAGAUCGACCGUACAAGAUUUCCAGAAUUGGGUCGUAAUAGUUCAGCAAAAACAAAUUGUAGCAUUAUAGCAAAAAUUCUCGAAAUAUUGCGACGAUUUUCUGUAAAUAUCAUGACUUUAUUCUCAGCAUACCGCAGCUUUAAAGUAAUAUUUGGAGAAAAAAGUUGCGAUACUUCGGCAAUAAAAUUCAAGAAUAUUGCGACUUUUUUGCAAUUUGUUUUUGUUGCAAUUUUUGGAAUCGCAAUUUUAAAGUAGUAAUAUUUUGAGACGAAAAAAAAAAGUUGCGAUAUUUCGACAGCAAGAUCCGAGAAUAUUGCAGCUUUUUUUUUCCUCUCGAAAUAUUCCUGACUUUAUUCUCGACAUAUUCCAGUUUUAAAAGUAGUCAUAUUUUGACUAGCGACGAAAAAAAGUCAUCAUAAAUUGAGAAAAAAGCCGCAAUAUUUUUGAGGAAAAAAAGUCCCAAUAUUGCGAGAAUACAACUGUGACAGGUUGAGAAUGAACUUGCGAUAUUACCAGAAAAAAAAGCCGUAAUAUUUUGAGAAUAAAGUGGUAAUAUUUAAAAAAAAAAUAAAUGAAUAAAAAAUCGCAGUAUUUCUAGAAUAAAUAAAGUGAUAACACUUUGGCAAAAUGGUCCCUAUAACUCAUGUGCUGAUGCGACUUUAUUACGACUUCAUCCUUAAAAUAUUGAAGCUUUAUUCUUAAAAUCAGUUGUUUUUAUUUUUUUAAUAAAAAGGGCCCUGAAACACGCUCGUAGGUGCGUGAGAACAGCUAAAGACAGACAGACAGACAGACAGACAGACAGACAGACAGACAGACACCCUCGUCCUCACCCUCAGACGCCAGUCUUUAUUUCACCUGCAUUACGGGGAAUCCCCAGCACAGGCCCCGGGCAGUGAGUUAGCCGGACGGCGUUAUAGCUGGGAUCGCUACGCGUGCCGUUUGAUGUUGAGGCAGUAUUUCCUUUUCCACAUCAGCACAAACAGCACUUAUUGUUUUUUGUUUAAAAAGUCUGAAAGCGGUGUUUAAGAGACGCUUUGAGACAUGAACCUAGUCUGAUAGCACAAUGACCACGACUUCUACAAAAUAUUCAUUCGACCUAUAUAUCAACGAAUAACACGAAUCUACCGCAACCUCGCUAAAUGUUAAACGUCUUUAUCUAGCCUGCCUGCCACACUGUAAAUAUACUCUGAAUGUAAAAGAUAAUCACACACACGCACACACACUUCCCUUCCUACGAGUCUCUGCCAACACGAGAGGACCUCAUGGCAAGGUUUCCAGUCCAGCGCUGCCUCUUUUACAAAUCAAACCAACAAACGCUGCCAUUUCAGGAAGCCGUGUAUGUUAAAGUGGUUCAUGAAGCACCAUCACUGCCAGAGAUGACCUGCAUGGAGAAGAGAAAAAAAAACACCCCAAAAAAACACUCUGAGGGUCUCAUCGGUCCAUAAUCGGCUCAUCGUCAGUGCGAGUGGAGGAGACGCACCUGCGCGGGACUCUUCUUCUGUCGUCCUGUCUCGGUGUAGAGCUGCGUUCUCGACGUGAAGCAGCGCUACGGCGGAAAGUGUGUAAUCUAGUACAUGUAUUUAUACUCACCGCAGCCAGUGUGCACAUAGAGAAUGCUGUGUAGAAUAUCCCGAGCGAGUAUUACUAUUAGAGGCACAAUGAGCACAAAUCUAUGCAUGGGACGUUUCUAACAGGAUUUUACAGCUUUUAGGGUUUUUUUUUUGUUGUUUUUUUUUUUUCCAGAGAUAAAAAAUAUUAGUAAAUGAUGAUGAUGAUGAUGAUGAUGAUGAAUAGAAGGAUGUCAUGUCCUGAGUCAACCAAUAAACAACUCGGCAUCAAAA